AUGCGCUUCUCCUUUGCCAUCCCCUUGCUCUUGGGAGCUGCUGUCAACGCUGCGCCCGUUCUUGAGACGAGGUCCACCGUCACCAUCGUGAGGGAAGAGGGCCUCCCAUUCAAAUGGGAUGGCUUAGAGCAGGCAAUGGGAGGCUUAAAGAUCAAUAAAAAUGGCAAAGAAGUCCGAUUUCUCGACCUCUCCAUGUACGGUCCCGUGAAAGAUCAUGAGGCAGGGUGCCACGCCACUUGUGGCCUUUUGGCUCGCGCAAAAGAUGUUGAUCUCAAUUGCGAACUUCCGUACACGUCAGUUCUCUCCGACUACUGCUACGGCAAAGCUGAGGGACAAUGCGGUUGGGACACUGGCGUAUACGAGAACGCCGAUACUGUCAAAGGGAACUGUGAAGGGAAAACAGUGACCUAUGUAAGCGCCAGUAGUCCCGCCGCUUCAUCCUCUCAUGAUCAAACCGAGGAGGCCUCUCAUGAGCAAACCAAGGCCCCUUCCAAGUCCACCGAUUCGAGCGAAAGCACCGCCCCUGCUUCCUCACCCACAGUCGUUCCAGCACCGCCUCACUCAACGGUAGCAUCGGUCAGCGGUACCGUAGCCAGCACCGUUCCCAAACCCACUUCGCCCAACGUAGGGCCUAUGGUCGCCGGUGCUGCCAGCAAUUCCUUGAGCGCUUUUGCCGCCAUCACUGUCGCUAUCCUCGCAGUCGUCAUCGUCUAG